AUGUUGGGAAAUCAAUCUUCUCAGUGUGAAUUCAUUUUGCUUGGCCUGUCAGACCUCAGAUAUUCUCAGAUCCCGAUAUUUCUUCUGAUCCUCCUCAUCUAUGUGGCCGCAUUGGCCGAGAAUCUUCUCAUCUUUUUUCUGGUGGUCUCAGACUCCCACCUGCAGACCCCCAUGUACUUUUUCCUGGGAAAUCUCUCAGUUUUAGACAUCUUCAACUCCUCAAUUUCUAUAUCACAUGUGUCUUUUGACAUCUUUACUGGAAACCGGCUGAUUUCAUAUCCUACUUGUAUCUCUCAGGUCUUCCUCUUCACCUGGUUUGCCGGCACUGAGUCCUGCAUGCUUACAGUGAUGUCCUAUGAUCGUUAUGUUGCCAUCUGUAAUCCUUUGCAUUAUACAACCGUGAUAAACAUUCACUUGUGUGUUCAGGUGACAUUCUUUUUCUGGCUCUUAAAGUUUGUUUGUUGCUUGGUACACAUACUUUUGACAUUAAGACUGGAUUAUCCUGAACCCACCACCAUUCCAGGUUUUUUCUGUGAACUAUUUCAGCUGAUCCAACUGUCAUCUUCUGACACUUUCCUCAGCUAUUUUUUUUUAUACCUUGAUGUUGUAAUUAUUGAAGUCACUAGCUUUCUCAUUACUUUCCUCUCCUAUGUCUACAUUUUCAAAACCAUCCUGAAAAUUACAAUAAAGGAUGGAAGACGGAAAGCUUACUCCACCUGCACCUCUCACCUCACGGUGGUCUUCAUCUUUUAUGGGGCGGCUUUUUUCAACUACUUUCAUCCCAAAACUAAGAAUUUUCUGGUAGGCAGAUUGUUGUCUGUAUUUUAUACAGUUGUCUCCCCUCUCCUCAACCCGAUUAUAUACAGCCUGAGAAACAGUGACCUGAUAGGAGCUCUUCAGAAAACUCUAUCCAGAAUGGCCUCCACACCAUAA